AUGUCUGAUUCCCACAGGUUCACUCCUUUGGCUUUGCCGCCCAAGGUAACACUUACCGACUUCAACAGAUUCAUUCAAGAGAUAACCGAUCUCGUUGGUGCUGAAAAUGUCGACAUCAUAACAUCCAAGGAUCAAAUCGAUGACAAGUCGUACAUGGAUCCAACCUAUACGCAUGACCCUCACCAUGUAAUGGAGCAGGAUUACUUCCUUGCAUCUGCCGUGGUCGCGCCUCGAGAUGUCUCCGAGGUCCAAGCCAUCGUUCGACUAGCAAACACUCUGUCAUUCCCCCUGUGGCCCAUCUCCAUUGGACGAAACUCCGGGUAUGGUGGUGCCGCGCCCCGUGUCUCAGGUAGUUUGGUCCUGAACAUGGGCAAGAACAUGAAUAAGAUUCUCGAGGUCAAUGUUGAGGGCGCAUACUGUCUGCUGGAGCCAGGUGUCACAUUCCAAGCGCUGUAUGACUACCUUGUCGCCAACAACCUCCAAGACAAACUGUGGAUCGACACCCCCGAUCUCGGCGGUGGUUCCGUUCUUGGAAACACAAUGGAGCGCGGCGUGGGAUACACACCCUACGGAGACCAUUGGAUGAUGCACAGCGGUAUGGAGGUUGUUCUCCCCAACGGCGAGCUCCUGCGAACCGGCAUGGGUGCACUUCCCGCCCCGGCUCAGCCCGAAACAGCAGGCCUCAAGCCGCAAGACCAGCCAUGGAACAAGACCGCUCAGCUGUUCAACUACGGAUUCGGUCCGUACGUCGAUGGAAUAUUCACCCAGUCAAACUUUGGUAUCGUGACCAAGCUGGGUAUGUGGCUUAUGCCCAACCCAGGCGGUUAUCAGUCCUACCUCGUGACUAUCCCCCGCGAAGAGGAUCUCAAGCUAGCGGUUGAUAUUAUCCGACCCCUGCGUCUGAACAUGGCGCUUCAAAAUGUUCCGACUAUUCGUCAUAUCUUGCUGGAUGCUGCUGUCAUGGGUUCUAAGAAAGAGUAUACCUCUAAGACGGGACCACUCGGAGAAGAUGAUUUGAAUGAGAUUGCAAAGAAACUCAAGCUUGGUAGAUGGAAUUUCUACGGUGCGCUUUAUGGCCCUGAACCAAUCCGAAACGCCCUUUGGAUGGGCAUCAAGGAAGCAUUCUCUGUGAUCCCCGGCGCACAGUUCUACUUCCCAGAGGAUACAGCCGAGAACUCCGUUCUGCGCAUCCGACACAAGACCAUGCAGGGUAUCCCCACUUACGACGAACUGAAGUGGAUUGACUGGCUCCCCAACGGAGCCCAUCUGUUCUUCUCGCCCAUUGCGCCCGUCCAAGGAAAAGAUGCGAUGGAGCAAUAUGCCGUGACGAAGAAAAGAUGUCACGAAGCCGGUCUUGAUUUUAUCGGAACAUUCACGAUCGGCAUGCGAGAGAUGCACCACAUUGUCUGCAUCGUCUUUAACAAGAAAGAUGCCGAGCAGAAGAAGAAAGCACACUGGCUUAUCAAGACGCUUAUUGAUGACUGUGCGGCCAAAGGCUGGGGAGAGUACCGGACUCACUUGGCCGUUAUGGAUCAGAUCAUGGGUACGUAUAAUUGGAAUGAUGGGGCUUUUUUGAAGUUUAACGAGCUGCUCAAGAAUGCCAUUGAUCCGAAUGGAAUCAUGGCGCCUGGAAAGUCGGGUGUCUGGCCGAAGCAGUACAAGAAGGAUGAGUGGAAGUUGUAA